ACUACCUUAGUUUUCCGAUCAGAGAAACCUAUUUUCUAAAGCUCUACCACUAAACAAUACAAGAAGAUGAGACGGAGGAAAGCCAAGGGUAGCGAACAAGCUGAGCAGCGGCACCAGUCUGAAGCCGUGCUGCUUCUGCCGGAGACUCGGGAGGUGGAAGAACCCGGUGAGGCUCAUCCUGGAUUUGAGGUAUCGUUUUUUGAUUAUUCAGUUGAAAAUCACUUUAGAGCUAUUGAUACUGCCCGGAAACUAUGCGGGGAGCCGGAUAUUGAUGAUUCUAUUGAUCAAGAGGAGCUUCAACGAUUUGGUUCUUCCAUCACAUUCCUUUCGGAAUGGAGAUAUUUAAAAUACAAAUCAAGAAAAAUAAGGUUUGCUUCUGAAAGUGAGAAUGGUAAUGGGAAAGAUGUCAAAUGUGAAAUUAUCUUGCCUCAAUUUUCUGCCACAACUGUUCCCAAGGGGACCUCUCAGGAGAAAGUAUCUUCUCCACAAUCCUGCAAUGACCUUGUACUCUAUGUUGGAGGUUCUGUUUGGGGCAUAGACUGGUGUCCCAGAGCAUGUAAGGAAUCUGAGUUUCUCUUCCAAAGUGAGAUAUGGUGUUUGUUGAAUCACAGAGUAAAAGAUGAGUCGUCCCAAGAUAAAAAGUUGCGAAAAAAGUCAAGUAAAGGUGAGAUAGUUAAGAUCAAAUCACCUGAUCCAAAAAAACCCAGAGGAAGACCCAGGAAGAAACCUUUAAAUGUGUCAUCAGAUGAUAAACAUGGUGAUGAAAAUGUGCAACAACCACUUGCAAUUGAAUAUCCUGAAGAAUCAUCCCCACUUCCCACCACAGGCGACAUGGCUUCUGAAAACAUCAACAAAUCACAAGAAGACUCUAGAAGGAAGCAGGAGGUAACUGAACAGCUACCGCUGACUGCUAAAACUUCUUCAAAACGCAGAAAGUUGAAUAACAAUUCUAGAACAAGCAGCCAGACUUGUGGUUCUGCUUUACCCUUUUUAUCAUGGGAUACAAAUGAAAAGUCUUCUUCCAUUAUUGGUUGUCAAACCUCGCAAUGUUGUGCUCUCAUGUCUAUUGAAUCAAGUGGUAAUGAUACAGCUCUCAUGCAAACGAUUCCCAAUGGUCUUGCUUUACCAAGAAUGGUACUGUGUUUGGCUCACAAUGGAAAAGUAGCAUGGGACAUUAAGUGGCGAUCAUGCCAUCUUUCUUGCUCCGAGUCUAGACUGAGAAUGGGUUAUCUUGCUGUUUUGCUGGGAAGUGGAGCUCUAGAAGUGUGGGAGGUCCCUUUUCCUCGCAUAAUAAAACGGAUUUAUUCAUCAAACAUGGAGGGUACCGAUCCUCGAUUUUUGAAGUUGGAACCAGUGUUUAGAUGUUCUAUGCUAAAGUGUGGUGAUAGGCAAAGUAUUCCUUUAACAGUGGAGUGGUCAAUGUCAUCCUCACGUGAUAUGAUUCUAGCUGGAUGUCAUGAUGGAGUGGUUGCCUUGUGGGUGUUUUCUACUACAAAUUCUUCUAAAGACACAAGGCCUUUGCUUUGCUUCAGUGCAGAUACAGUGGCCAUAAGGUCACUUGCUUGGGCACCAUUUGAAAGUGGUACCGAGAGUGAUAAUGUGGUCAUCACUGCUAGUCAUAAGGGCUUAAAGUUUUGGGACCUACGUGACCCAUUCCAUCAUUUGCGAGAAUUCAAUCCUGGACAAGGGGUGGCUAUAUAUAGCCUGGAUUGGCUGCCAUAUCCAAGGUGCAUUCUUGUAUCGUGUGAUGACGGAUCCAUACGGAUUCAGAGUUUGGUAAAGGCUUCCAAUGACUUCCCUGUCACUGGAAAGCCGAUCCCCAUAUCCAAACAACAAGGAUUUCACACCUAUGAGCUGUCAUCCUUUGCAAUAUGGAGUCUGCAAACUUCACGGCUUACAGGUGUGGCCGCAUAUUGCAGUGCUGAUGGUACCACUGCCUAUUUCCAGUUAACUAAACAAGUCGAAACUGAUGCCAUGAGAAAUCGCGCUCCCCAUUUUAUUUGUGGAUCGUUUGCCGAGGAAGAAGAAUCUGUCCUCACAGUAAUCACACCUGUGCCGAAUCGGAUGAAGACCACCAAUGUGUCGAGGGCUACACACACUUCUUCAUCCGUUGUGUACACUGGUGAUGAACCUGAUCCUCAGCCAGUGGCGGCCCUGACAAACAGUCAGGCACCCUUCAGUGAUCAAGGAGAUGGAAGCAAGCUUCCUCCCAAGAGUGUUUCAAUUCAGAGGGUGAGAUGGAAUAUGAACAAAGGCAGUGAAAAGUGGUUAUGCUAUGGAGGAGCAGCUGGAAUCGUUCGCUGCCAGUGGAUUGACACACCUACUUACUGACUUUAAUCUGCACCAUGCUGUUAACCUAUAUAUAUCACUCAUCUUUGGCAAUGUACAUUGCACGUUGUUGUAUAUAAGUUUAGUGCUCCAUGAGUGUAUUGUUUCAGAUUUUUCAAUCCUAGAAAGCUGCAUCAGAAAACUACAUGUUUGAUAAUGGAUGAUGUGUAUAUAUAGUCUUCAGACUGCAGAAGAUGGAGGG